AUGAUGCUGGUACCACGUACCAGUGAUGGUGAUCCUAGCGCAACAACGACCUCCGAGACCGCCACGACAACGGUGCUGCUGCACUUCGUUACGUUUGACACCUUAUCAAAUGUAAAAAUGUCUGGGUCUGGAAACUUGUGAUGCUGGGUGGCGUAUCAUGAGGAAGCCAUAAGUGCUGGCUCAGCAUGACAAGUUUCUGAGCUUCUAGGUGUUGCCUAUUCUGCAUGACAAACUGCGUUUUUGCAUGACAGGAAAGUGGGGUUCUUGGGUAACCUGCAUGACAGAUUUAAGAGUCAUGCCAGAGAAGCAUGACAAAUCGCGCAUUCUUCCAGACCCAGACAUUUUUACACUUGAUACACCUACGAGUCCCUCGAGCCUGGGCCGCCCGUUUCCGCCACGGAAAAGAAGGAUCUUGCCGCUGCUGGGCAGAACGUGCAAGAACAAGAAAGCCGGUUUGCCGGAGAACCCCGGAGGGAGGUUAUCAGAAUGAAAAAUGCCCCUACCCCCGAACUUGAAAGCAUUUGUAUUGCAAACCUUUCCAAAUGAAACAUUCGCCCUCUUGCACCUAUCAGCAUCACAGGUUUCCAAUCGUGAAUAGCGAAAAUUUGUAUUGCAAAAGACCCCAGCAAGAGCGGCGCUUGUCAUGCAAGGGAUGCGAUACACACCUAGACUCUGCAUCAGAAAGAUUCAUACUCGUUUCAUGCAUGACAAAAAGUUUUCAUUUGGAAACUUCGCAUCACAAAUUUUUGCAAUUUGAGGGGUGGGGGGCAUUUUUUACUGUAAUAGAGGUUCGGUUGAUCUUGUCAGAGGGCGAGGCCUAUGAAUUGCAAAAAUGUCUGGGUCUGGAAGGAUGCAACUUGUAAUGCUCAUUCUGGAUCGUGCAAGAAUCUGUGUUGCAUGAAUGCCAAAAGUUGUCCACUUUUGUUUUUGACCAAGUUGAGAGGAAGUUUCUCAUGCAGGAUUGGCAUGAUAGGCAUCUCACAGAAUCUGUCAUGCUAGGUCCUGCAUUCCAGACGACAUGGAUCGUGGAAAAACUCCAUGACAAAUCUCAGAAUCUUCCAGACCCAGACAUUUUUACGUUUGAUAAGGCCUGCCAGGUGGUGCAAAGAGAUCCCGCGAACCCGGAAGAGUGGGUAGAGGUAGACAACGACGCGACGACGCAGCACGAGGAGACGGCCGCUGAACAAGAUAGUACCGGAGCCGUGGCAUCUUCUUCCUUCCUCGCGCGCGGUCGUGGGCGAAAGAUGAAAGGAAAGCAAAAGAUACAUCAAGAAGAAGUGAGCAGCAGUCGGGGUCUUGUAGUUGAGGCGAGCUCGCCGCAUCAACUUCCGCGCAGAACAGCAUCUCUGCCGAGGACGAAGAAUUUUCUUCGAGGACUGCGACAGCGGCACAGAACAAGGGACUCUGACAGGCAACGUACUGAAGAUGUCGUGUGGGCAGAGUGGAAAUCUUAG